AUGGCGAGCUUCAGCAACAAGCCGGUCGUCGUUGACGCCAAGGGUCACCUUCUUGGUCGCUUGGCUAGCACUCUCGCCAAGCAGGCUCUAUCUGGACAAAAAGUCGUUGUCGUUCGAUGCGAGGAGAUCAACGUCAGCGGUAGCUUUUUCAGAAACAAGCUGAAGUACGGGGCGUACCUGCACAGAAGACACUUGACCAACCCGACGAGGUCUGGUCCCUUCCACGAGCGUGCACCUUCUCGCAUCCUCUACAAGGCCAUCCGCGGAAUGGUCCCCCACAAGACUCAGCGUGGUGCCAAGGCUUUGGAGCGCUUGAAGUUGUUCGAGGGUGUCCCUCCUCCUUACGACCGCACCAAGCGCCUGGUGAUUCCCGGUGCGCUGCGAGUGCUCCGCUUGAAGCAAGGCCGCAAAUUCGCAACCAUCAAGCGUCUCAGCUCAGAGUUUGGAUGGAAGUACGCAGACGUCAUCGACAAGCUGGAGGCCAAGCGCAAGGUCAAGGGUCAGGCUUACCAUGCACGCAAGGUUGCACUUACCAAGAAGAAGGCAAGCGCUGCCACCAACGCGGGUGAGGCUCUCAAGCCCGUCAACGAGAAGCUGGCCGUGUACGGCCUGUAA